AUGGCAGAAAGAUUGACACAGAUCAAAGAUCAUAUCGUUUCGGCGGUUUCGCCUUCAGUCACAGAUUCUAGACCCGAUGAUGUGGUUGUGGUGACAGCUUACCGCUCGGCUAUCGCCAAAGGCUUCAAAGGCGGGUUCAAAGACGUGAACUCCGAUUAUCUCGUGUACCAGUUUUUGCUGGAAUUUUUGGAAAAGGCUCCGGCUGCUGUGAGAGAAAACAAACAUUUAAUCGAGGAAGUGGCGUGCGGCAACGUGUUAAACCCAGGAGCAGGCGCCACGGAGCACCGUGCAGCGUGUUUGGCCGCUGGCGUGCCUUACACGGCACCCUUUGUCGCCAUCAAUAGACAAUGUUCUUCAGGGUUGGUCGCCAUCAAUGACGUAGCCAACAAAAUUAAAGUGGGCCAAAUCGAUAUGGGAAUUGCCAUGGGCGCAGAGUCGAUGACAAAAAACUACGGCCCACAAGCGCUCGGUAACGUUUCCCAGGAACUAAAACAGAACAAAAACGCCCGCAAAUGCAUGAUCCCCAUGGGGAUCACGAACGAAAAUGUAACCCAACAGUUCAACAUUUCCAGAGAAAAUCAAGAUGCUUUUGCUGCGGAGUCUUACCGCAAGGCUGAAAAUGCUGUCUCCAACGGACUUUUCGAAGAUGAGAUUAUACCUAUACGUUUGCCCGACGGUACUGUUAUUUCCGUCGAUGAAGGUCCUCGCAAGGGCGUCACGGCCGAAAAACUGGGAUAUUUGAAACCUGCCUUUAACAAAGAAUCCGGCACCACUACGGCUGGAAACGCUUCACAAAUUUCCGACGGUGUUGCCGCAGUUCUUCUCACGAGGCGCUCUGUAGCAGAGUCCAUGGAGCUACCAAUCUUGGCCAAAUACGUUGCAUGCCAAGUGGUUGGUGUUCCGCCAGAAGUUAUGGGUGUAGGUCCCGCAUAUGCUAUUCCAAAAGUUUUAAAAGACUGCAAAUUAAAUGUCAAUGACAUUGAUGUGUUCGAAAUCAACGAGGCAUUUGCAGGACAGGCUCUUUAUUGUAUCGACAUGCUCAAGAUUCCAUUUGAGAAAGUAAAUCCCAGAGGUGGAGCUAUCGCACUGGGGCACCCGCUAGGUUGCACUGGGGCCAGACAAGUUGCUACUAUUCUCAGAGAACUAAAGGCUGGCCAGGUCGGCGUGGUUAGUAUGUGCGUGGGAACAGGUAUGGGUGCUGCCGCAGUUUUCGUUAAGGAGUAG